AUGACCGACCAGGACGCAAAACAGAACAAGAACCUGUUCUCGAAAAUCAAACAGUCGCUGUCGGCCAGCCACAAACACAGCCGCUCGUUUUCGGCGCUCGAUUCGCUCCAGGCCAGCCGUCAACACCCCCCGAACGGGCCUCAGAUAAUCUCCAACUUGCCCCUUUACAAUCCUUACGGGAUCAACAAUCGACAUUCCCACUCAAUGCAACUCGCGGCACUAGCUGCCAGCGGCACCUCCGACAGCCCAAUUCCGCUACCUUACCCGAUAGACUCGCCAAAAAACCACGUUCCGCAGCCGUUCCGGAACGAAAUCGAAGACUUAGACCAGAUGUACGAGAUCGCCGACUCAGGCAAUUUCCUCGGGUCAGGAGGUUCGUCAACCAUUCGCAAGGUGCAGCGAAGAGAGGACAAGAAAGUAGUGGCUCUCAAAAUCUUCAACGUGUUCAAAGACGAGGCCCCCGGCACGUACUACCACAGGGUUGCUCACGAGUACAUCAUCACAAAAAGCUUAGCACAUGUUCACGUAAUCACGGUGUACGAACUUGUUCGGCUGCCCACGAUUCUGUCGCGGAAUUGGGGGAUGGUUAUGGAGUACUACCCGCACGAUCUGUACAACGUUCUGCGCCAGCCGCACUGGCAGGCAAUAACUCUUGGCGAAAAACUUUGCUACUUCAAGCAGCUCGUGUUUGGGCUCUACCAUUUGCACUUGCACGACAUUGUGCACCUGGACCUCAAGCCGGGCAACGUCCUCGUCGAGCACGGCGUCCUCAAAAUCACGGACUUCGGCUGCGGCGACUACGGCCACGUUAGUCCGGGCAGAUUCGAAUCUGGUGUACGGAUGUGCGAUAAGCCGUUGGGCACACCCCCGUUCCAGAGCCCCGAGGUGACGGUGCUGCGCCUUGCGAAGGGCCAGUACGACCCGUUCAGGGCUGACUGCUGGUCGCUGGGGAUGAUGUUGUUUGCUAUCGUGAAGGGCCGGGUCCCGUUCAAAGAGGCCCAGGUGCUUGACAAGGACUACGCCGAUUACGAGCACGAGUCGCGCUGGUACAAGGGCCUCAACCCGUCCUUUGUGCACAACGACGAGCAGAAAGUUCCCAACAGAGGCCCGCUGGCGCACGAGUUGCCGCACGGGCAGCUAACGCGUCUUUUUUGGAGACUGUGCGACCCGGUGGCUGACACGCGGAUGACUCUGAAAGAUGUUUUUGCGAGCGACUAUUUCCAGAAAAUACCGAUGUGUUUUAAAGAGGAGACGCACGGCGACGGAGUGAGCAUUCUAGACGAAACGGGCGCGGUGGUUGAGAGCACGGGGCUCGGAGUAGUGGCCGAUGUGCACAGCGUACACCUGGCGAUCGGGUCUCGGAUGGAGAAGCACCUUCACGAUAUCUAG